CCCACACAAGGAAGCCUUGGUAUCAAAGAGCAAUGGAGAGGGCUACCGUAUGGAAAACUGUUCCAAAGGCUACCGAAGUCCCUACUACAAAUGUUACACUGUGGAAAACCAUUUCCAAGCCUACCGAAAUUCCCAUGGCGAAUGCAACAUUAUGGAAAGCGAUUCCCAAGUCCGGUGAAAUCCCAUCAACUCAUCCCAAUAGAGAGAAGCUAAGGAAAUGUACCUCCCUAAGGGUUGCCACUUCGUUUACUAGGGUUUGUCUAUGUGCACCAAUCUCUUCCUACAAUGAGGUUUUUCGAGCCGAUGUUCCUCCUAGAAGAAGCAACAGUUACCCUAGGUCAAAGCCCUUUCCCCUGUCACAAGAAAGGAUACCUAGCGCAAGGCUAAGCACGGAAGGAAGAAGAGUUUUUCGCGGAAAAUCUUUGACGGAUGAUGUUUUGAUGAGGAGAUUUGUUGUGGAAGAAGAAGCAAUGAUGCAAGUUAGGAGGAGGAACCAAAUGGAAGUGAUAAGGAGAAGAAGCAUGCUGAGAAGGAAGAUGCUUGGCCCUAGUCCUCUUAGUAGAAUGGUAAAGGCUGAGGAGGAAGAAAAUUUUUAA